CCCUAAAAAACCCCGAUUCCCGGGGACCCUCUCUUUAGAGGGCGGCGAGUUUCGAACUGCACGACCCCGUCGGCAUGCCAGCGAGGAGUUAGCUGCAACUGCAUGACAGCCUGUAAUUGCAACUGCAACUGCAGCGUAUGCUGUCGUGAAUUCGUCGUCCGAAUGAGGCAGACCGCAAAAAGCAACUGCACUGUUGCAACUGCAGUCAGUUGCAACAACCACUGCAACUGCCUGUCGUGGUUUCGUCCGAAGGAGGCGGAGUGGAAGAAAAGGGGCGAAGUGAAAGAAAAAUCAGAACGCUUUCUCGCAUGGAAAAGGCUAGACUGCGGCCGUUGCUCGGAGCCAAUAGCACAUUCUGGCAGAAUUAUAGUGUGAACAGAGGAACAAUUGAUGGCCUCUGAAUGUUCGGAUUGCUUCGAUUGUGCUUGUGACGACAGCAAAAUUGCCCUUGUGAAGAGUUUGCCACUAGACACACUAUGCUCUGCCCGAACCGUUCGUGGUGCAGCUAUAAUUAGAUGCUGGAACGAAGUUUAUACAUCAUUUGAAAGUUCCGAAGGGGAGUUGCACCAAUCGCUCUGUCCGCAACAUCAAGAUCUAUUCGCAAGGCAUGCCAUGUGUUUAUUUUGUAAAUGUUUCUCCAAUGUGGGAUGGCUAGUGACUUGCAGCAAGAAUCCCAACCAUUCGACGCACCUGCGCUGUGCUCUCCGCAACUCUGGAGUGCUAUUUCUCUGCUGUUCCCACUGCAACCACUCGUGCCGCAUACAGGCAAGAAAUGAGGUGAUUGCUGACUCCCGUUGCGAUUUCUCUUUCGAGAUCGAUGAGGAAAGUACAGAAACCAGCCUGAUACAUAUCAAAGAAGACCUGAUAAGGAUCUGGCAGAAUGGAGAACUUCCUCAUGAACUGUACUUAACAUUCGCUUCAAAUUUCAUCAAUAAUCAGCGACUACAGUCGUACUUUGCUGAUUUGUUGCUGCAUUUAUGUAAAAAAGAUGAUCUUCUGCUCUUUGCGGCUCUAUCACGCUUUCUGACUCAUAAUCACAUGUUCAUGAGCGAGGUGUGGUCAAACGGGGAGCUUCUGCUGAAAACCAUGGAGACGGGUGAUACCGAAAUUGUGACAACUUUGCGGGAAGCUGGUUGUCCCGUAAACAGCUGUCAUCUACAAGCGUUAAUCACCUGCUACAAACCAGCACUCCUGGAUGCACUUCUGAUUGAGAAGGAAUACGCAAUGACUUUAAUGGAUCAAAGUUUGUUGAUCAAAGCAGUUCGGGACAAAUCUUGGGAUUGUAUAGUCAGACUAUUACGUCAUUUUAAUUAUACGGUGAGCAAAGGUGACGACACUUUGCUUAUGAACGAAAAUGCAGUGGAUGAGAUAUGCAAAGAUGUCCCAGCUGAUGUUCAGGUUGCACUCCGACGUGCCAGUCAGGUAUCUAAAGCGAUGCUGAUUUCCCAAGGGAGGAAGAUAAUACAUGAAGAUCUUUCGAAUGGCUCAGAACGAUUCCCAGUUCGGGUUGUGAACGAUGUGGACACUACGAGAAUGAUAAACUUCAUAUAUACAACUAGAAUAGUAGAUCGUAAUGGAGUACUGGCAGCUAGAAGAAACACGGUGGUUACUUUUUGCUGCUGCAGUGGGGUGUGUUCUACCGGCUGUGAAUGCAGUAGUGGAAUUUACGAUGAAUAUGGUUUUGCUCGUGAAUCUUCGCUAGAAUGGCCAUUUGUGGAGUGCAGCGCAGCGUGCACGUGCAGUCUUCAGUGCGGUAAUCGAGUCGCGCAGAAAGGCGCCACUUAUCCUAUUGAGAUAUUCCGCACAUGUGAUGGACGAGGUUGGGCCGUGCGAGCGCUGAGAAAUAUCCGAAAAGGAGCGUUCAUAGGUGAAUACACGGGGGAAUUGCUCAGCGAUGCAGAAACGGCCAGACCGGAACGAACUGACACUUACUUUUUCGAGACACGAGUGGGCGAGCGAUUGUUUACAGUAGAUGCACGCCUAUAUGGAAAUUUCACACGUUUUAUAAAUCAUAGCUGCCGACCGAAUGCUACGGUUGGAAUGGUUGUUUGGGAAGCACAGUUGGAACAACUCAAUCACAUAUGCAUUUACGCUACGGAAAAUAUACCAAAGGGUAAAGAAAUUACCAUAUCCUAUGGACAGUCGUGGUGGGACGCCAAACUGCCUCAGUUUUCUUGCCGCUGUGGUCAUCCAAACUGCGAAUAUUCCGAAGAUCGACGAAAAACCGAACUGCAGCGAUUGGCGGCUGAGAUGACAGCCGAUCUUCAAGCUAGAUCUGCUUCAGCCGUGUCAAUUUCGAGCAGCGACGAUAGCGAUGAAAAACGCUCUGUUUGACAUCUUUCCUUAUCUUGCAAGCAAUACUUGUUCCUAAUUGUCACAUUUUCACUUUCUGGAUAAGUAAUAAUUUGGUCGGGUAAUGAAUAUAAGUUCUUCUGUUUACCAAACUUAAGUUGAAGCAAUUAAAUAAUGACACUUGCUCUUUACCGCUCCCAAAAAAGUAUGCAGUAUGCAAUAAAGAUUUUAAUAGGUGAACAAAGCAGAUUGGCAUUAUAUAAUUUCGUUUGUUCAAGCGUUUUUUUUCUUCUUGAUGAUUUUCUGUGUUCCGACUUCAUUAAGUAUGUCCUAUAAAUGUUCUCUUCAAUUUCACUGAUCUCUUAUGUUACAUUUCAAAAUAAGAUUGUAUGUUUUCCUAGCGUUUUCUUCUUCUAUGCAUCCAAGUAUCUUCAACUUUGAAGGUUCAUGAGUUGCAUGUUCAUGUUGUUAUAACUCAUUAUCCUGAUUUGUUAACAAAAAUUCCUUAUCAGUCUUUAUGGCAU